AUGCGCGCCGCCGACCGCCCCGCGGGGGCGCGCCCCACACCGCCCCUCCCCUCGCCGGCGGCGCGCACGGGCGGGCGGUGCGCGCCCCCGCGGCAGUCGCGUGGUCCCCGCGCGGCUCCAUAUUGCGGCGGCACCGGGGUCGGGGGGUUCCCGGCGGGGCUCGGGGGCGCGCAGAUGGCGACGCAGGUGGAGGCGCUGCUGCCCGGCACGGCCCCGCUGCUGCCCGCCGAGGAGCGCGCCCUGGUGCUGAAGCCGCCGCAGGACGGCGGCCGGGAGAAGGGCGAGCCGCCCAUGGGCCCCGACGGCGGGCCGGCGGCGCCGAGGCCGCCGAGCGCCAAGCAGCAGAAGGAGGAGAGCAACAACCAGGAGAAGGAGAGCCUGCUGAGGGCCGGCGGCGAGGCGGAGGACGGCGGCGAGGCGGGCGGCGCGGGGCGCCGGGAGUUCAUCGAGGCCCCGCCGCCCAAGGUGAACCCCUGGACGAAGAACGCGCCGGCCGUGAACGGGCAGUCGCCUCCCGAUAUAUUUCCAACUGACGGCCAGUCUGAACUUACAACUCCAGCAAAAGUGGUGAGGGCUGCCAACCCGAGACAGAGGAAAGGAAGCAAGGUUGGUGACUUUGGUGAUGCCACAAAUUGGCCAACACCUGGAGAAAUAGCCCACAAGAGCAUCCAGCCACACAAGGCACCAUCCCUUCGGAAGCUGCCUGUCAAGAAAGACAUGAAAGAGCAGGAAAAGGGGGAUGGGAGUGAUGGCAAGGAGAACCUGAAAACCAAAUCAGAUGAGUCUGGGGAGGAGAAGAAUGGUGAUGAUGACAACCAGAAGUCAGCCCAGAAGAAGAAAGGCAGCAAACACAAGUGGGUCCCUCUGCAGAUAGACAUGAAGUCAGAAGUGCCUAGGGACAAAACGGCCUCUCGGAACAACCGGCAAAAUGAGCAGCACAGGCACCCCUCCAACAACCGCAGUGAGCUCAAAGGCUGGCACCCUGACAACAAGCACGAGCGCAGCUGGCAGGACCACGAUGAGACCUCCAGCGUGAAGAGCGAGGGAGGGGCCGUGCGAGGAACCUUCCGGGGCCGAGGCCGGGGCCGGGGCAGGGGCCGUGGCCGUGGCAGAGGAGGGCACUUUGACUACCAGUACGGAUACCGAAAAUUCGAGGGCUCGGAUAGCUCCCGCACCCAGAAGUACGCCAGCAACAUCACCUACUACUUCGACAACAUCAGCAGUGCUGAGCUCUACAGCGUGGACCAGGAGCUGCUCAAGGACUACAUCAAGAGGCAGAUAGAAUAUUACUUCAGCGUGGACAACCUGGAGCGAGAUUUCUUCCUGCGCCGCAAGAUGGACUCGGACGGUUUCCUGCCCAUCACGCUGAUCGCCAGCUUCCACCGGGUGCAGGCACUGACCACCGACAUCAGCCUCAUCAUCAAGGCUCUGAAGGACAGCAAAGUGGUGGAAAUUGUGGAUGAGAAGAUCAGGAGAAAAGAGCAGCCAGAAAAAUGGGCUCUGCCUGGCCCUCCUAUGGCAGACUACACACAGACAGACUUCUCACAGUUCAUCAACUGCCCCGAGUUUGUGCCCCGACAGAGCUUCCAGAAGGAGACUGAGUCCGCUCCAGGCUCCCCACGUCCUUCCAGCCCAGUCCCCACCAAAACAGAGGAGGUCAGUAACCUGAAGACAAUGCCCAAGGGCCUGUCCACAAGUCUGCCAGACCUGGAUUCAGAGACAUGGAUUGAAGUGAAGAAGAGACCCCGACCUUCCCCAGCCAGGCCCAGGAAACCAGAGGAGUCAAAGACACCGCAGCAGCAGAAGCAGAAGGACCAAGAUGAACCUGAGGAGCUCGACUUCCUCUUUGAUGAGGAGAUGGAGCAGAUGGAUGGCCGCAAGAACACCUUCACCGACUGGUCAGACGAAGACUCGGAUUACGAGAUCGACGACCGCGACGUGAACAAGAUCCUCAUCGUGACGCAGACCCCUCCGUACCUGCGCCGGCAUCCCGGCGGGGACCGGACUGGCAACCACACUUCCAGGGCUAAAAUGAGCUCGGAGCUGGCCAAGGUGAUCAAUGAUGGGCUGUACUACUACGAGCAGGACCUGUGGACAGAGCAGUUUGAGCCAGAGUAUUCGCAGAUCAAGCAAGAGGUGGAGAACUUCAAGAAGGUGAAUAUGAUCAGCAGGGAGCAGUUUGACACCCUGACCCCAGAGCCCCCUGUGGAUCCAAACCAGGAAGUCCCUCCUGGUCCCCCCAGGUUCCAGCAAGUACCUACAGACGCUUUGGCCAACAAGCUCUUCGGAGUCCCUGAGCCUUCCACCAUCGCCCGCUCUUUGCCCACGACUGUCCCAGAAUCACCCAACUACCGCAACGCCAGGACCCCCCGCACCCCGCGCACGCCUCAGCUCAAGGACCCGACACAGACGCCCCGGUUCUACCCAGUGGUGAAAGAGGGCAGGACGAUAGAUGCCAAGACUCCACGGAAGAGGAAGACGAGGCACAGUUCAAACCCUCCGAUGGAGUGCCACGUGGGCUGGGUUAUGGACUCCAGGGAGCACAGGCCCCGGACAGCCUCCAUCAGCUCCAGCCCCUCGGAGGGGACCCCGGCCGUCGGGAGCUACGGCUGCACCCCGCAGUCCCUGCCCAAGUUCCAGCAUCCCUCGCACGAGCUGCUCAAGGAGAAUGGCUUCACACAACACGUCUACCACAAGUACCGGCGGCGCUGCCUUAACGAGCGAAAACGACUGGGCAUUGGUCAGUCCCAGGAGAUGAACACGCUUUUCCGGUUCUGGUCCUUCUUCCUCCGAGAUCACUUCAACAAGAAAAUGUAUGAGGAGUUCAAGCAACUGGCUGUGGAGGAUGGGAAGGAGGGAUACAGGUAUGGUCUGGAGUGCCUUUUCAGAUACUACAGCUACGGGCUGGAGAAGAAAUUCCGGCCAGACAUAUUUAAGGACUUCCAAGAAGAGACCAUCAAGGAUUAUGAAGCUGGGCAGCUCUAUGGGCUGGAAAAGUUCUGGGCCUUCUUAAAAUAUUCCAAAGCCAAAAAUCUGGACAUUAACAGCAAACUGCAAGAAUACCUCAGCAAGUUUAAGCGCCUCGAGGACUUCCGAGUAGAUCCACCCAUGGGGGAGGAAGGUGGACACAAGAGAUACCCUACGACGUCAGGGGGAGAUGGCAGGAAGCGCUACCCAUCCCAGUCUUCCAGCAAAACGGUCAGCCAGUGCCCAUCCAGCCAAGCCCACGCCUCACCCAGCCAGCCUGCACAAGAGGAUGCCAAAAACCUGAGCCAGCAAUCCCCUGCCCCAUCAGCUGCAGAGUCGCAGACAGUGGGGAAGUAGAGGGGCUGCAGCGUCCGCUUCCUGCCGGGGGUUGGGUGGGUUGGUGGGGAAUGGCUCGGAGAAGGGCAGACAUGAGGGGGUGGGACAGGAAGGGAGCUGGAAGGUGGGCUCCCAGGAAUAGGCUGCUUGGGAGAAACUUCAACGCACACGAUUUUCUUCUCUUGUGGCUGGAAAGCAAA